AUGACGGAUGGUAAUGCAAUUGAUAAUGAAACAAGUAAUGAUAAUAGCAAUGCUGUAAUAGAGAAUUAUCAUCAACUACCACCACCGCCACCACCACCCUUACCGCCUUUAAAAAUACUAUUAGAAACAAGUAAUAAUUCGACUAUUGAACGUAGUGUUCAUAAUGUAUUACGUAAACAUUUUCUGGAACAACGACCAAUAACAUGGAAACCAAUUAAAGUUGAAUUAAUUGUUAAUACACAAUUAACAGAUGAUUUUUUUGCUAUACGAAAAAAAUUCGAAAAAGCAUCAGGUGGUAAUCGAUUUGAAUUCGAAGAACAUUAUGGAUUUUUAAUUGAAAAUGAUAUUCAAGUAUCUGACAUAUGUAACAAUGGUUAUUAUUGUACAGAGACUUCAUUUAAUGUUCUAGGUCAUAGUAAAUGUGGUGUAUACGUUUGUAAAUAUGCUGAUGUAUGCAUUCGACAAGCUAGUGUUCGACGAACAUGGGAGGGAAGUAUGACAAUUAAAAUGAUUCUUUUUAAGAUUGUUGAAGGAAAACAAACAGCAGCUCUUGUUCGAAAAGGACCAAAAUUACAGCCUAUAGCACCUACAUCUCAAUUUACAAGUCAUUGUUCAGUAAUUACACCUAGAGAAACGGAUGAUUUGGAAAAACAAUUUGAUCAAUCACAAAUAUUUCUAUAUGAAUUUGAAGGUCGAGAAACAGUUAAACGACCUCAUCAUUGUUUACCUUAUGCUAUCGUUAGUCUGAUACAAGAUGGAACACAAUGGCCAGCGAAUUUUGAUGAUUUAGAUAUGGAGUCGGAUGUACUAGAGACAGAUACAUUACGAGUCAUUGCACAAACAGAUGAUCCAUUAUUACAAAAUAAAUUAAAAGAAAAUAUUGAAUUAGCUGAAGCAGCUACACGUGCUUUGGAACAUAUUUAUGAAGAAGAACCACCACCACCGCAACUUCCCAGUGUAGUAGAACAAUCACAUUCACCAUCAACAAAUUCCGAAACAAUAUUAACAACAACAUCCGAUAAUACAUCUGUUCCUAUAGUUAAUGGAACAGGAGUAUCAUCAUCUUCGACAAUAUCUAAUGACAAUCUAUCAACAAGAUCACCAUCUCCUACAUUAGGAACAAUAAAUACUGCUGAAACUUCAUCAAAUUCUAUAGUACCACCACCACCUCCAUCGUCUUCAACAGCAACAACAACAAUUUCAACUACAAAAACAUCAGCUGCAACUACAAUACCAUUAACACAUUCAGCAGCAGCUGUUCAAUCAGCUUAUCGACAACAAACAACAAGUCUUUUAGGUGCACUUCCAACUGCAGCUGCUCUACGAGCAACAUCAGGUGCAGUAUAUGCAACAACAGCUGGUCUUGCUAAUGGUAUUACUGGACAAAUACUUUAUGGUGGUGUUCCAUUAGAUGCAUUUCGUAAUUAUCAAACAGCAACUGCUGGUGGUACUCCAUAUGUAUUUGCUACACAUGCUGGUCAAACAAUGCAACAACCAGCACUCUAUGCUGCUCAAUUGCAAGCUGUUGCUCAACAACAACAAGCUGCUCAAUUAGCAGCAGCUGCAGCAGCUCAACAACAGCAACAACAACAACAACAAAAUUUAAUGAAUGGUAUUCCAGCUGGUUAUAUGCUUGUACGUACAGCUAAUGGUGGUUAUGCUUUACUUGCUCAUCCAACAACAGCAUCAAAUGCAGCAAUACAAUCACAAACACAAGCACAACUUGCACAACAACAGUAUAUUUCUUUUAAUGCAGCUGCUCAACCUACAGCAGCUACAUCACGACUUCCAGUUGCUAUGGUUGGUGGACAACCACAACAAAUUGUUUAUCAAUAUAGUGGACAACCGACUACACAAGGAACUCCAACACAAUAUAUUCAAUUACCAACUAAUUAUGUACAACAACAACAAUUAUCAACAAGUCCAAUUAUGCAAACAACAGCAUCAGCUGCUUCACAAGCUUAUACAAAUCAACCAUCAACUCAAUAUAUCGGUGCACCACAAUCAGCUAAUACUAAUAAUAAUACAAGUGGUUCUUCAUCAAAUCCUUCUGCAAUUGUUUCAUCAUCAAAUGUAACAACAUCAUCAUCAGUAGGAGCUCAAUCACAACCAACAUCCACUCUAAUAUCACCACAGAAACAAAGUGCUGCAUCAGCAACAGCUGCUGCUCUUCAACAACAACAACAAUAUCAACAUUCUCAAUAUUCACAACAUCAACAACAACAACCGACAAAUACUGCUCAUGGUACAAAUGUUUAUUAUGCAGCAAUAGCUCAAGCACAAGCUCAAUUUACUGCACAAGUACAAGCACAACAGCAAGCUGUAGCAUUUGCACAGCAGCAACAGCAACAGCAACAACAACAACAACAACAACAACAACAACAACAAUUUAAUUUAAUUUCUCAAAUGCAAUAUGGAACUCAACAAGGUAUACCACAACAAAUGUAUUAUACAACACCCGGUGGUCAAACAAUAUAUCAAGCAGGUGGUCAAAGUUAUAUACUUGCUCAAGCAGCUCCAACAGCAACAACAACUACUACAACUGGAGCUCCAGCUAUGUAUUCUGCAGGUCCUGCAUUACAUAAUAGUUCUACUCAACAACAAAAUCAACAACAUUCAUCUCAAUCUCAACAACAACAAUUAGCUUAUCAGAUAGCGGCUGCAACUGGUCAAUCGACAGCUGCAGCAUAUCAAAUGCUUAAUGCUGCGUCAAAUGCAACUGUUACUACUCAACAACAAACAACAGCAGGUGCCGGUGUUGUAGCUCAACAACCUGCCCAACUUGUGCAACGUCCAAGUGUAUUAUCACAAGUUCGACAUCAUCCAUAUAGAAACUAA